UUGUCCCGCCAUUCCAAUAAUUUCAUACAAGUGCAUUAGGAUAUCAGAAACAUGGCAGCAGACGACAUCGUUACCGAAUCGAUGGAAAUUGAUGAAAUUCUAUCAACGAAUACACGAAACAUACAUACGAAAGGAAAAUCAACCAAAUUGUCACACUUACCGUGGAUUGAAAAAUAUCGUCCACAAGUGUUUACUGAUAUUGUUGGAAAUGAGGACACGGUCACUCGUCUGUCAGUAUUUGCUCAGCAUGGGAACGCUCCAAAUAUCAUCAUCGCCGGACCUCCUGGUGUAGGCAAAACUACCACAAUACUUUGUCUCGCUAGGAUUUUACUGGGAUCUGCUUACAAGGACUGUGUACUUGAGCUGAAUGCUUCUAAUGAUCGAGGAAUCGAUGUGGUCAGGAAUAAAAUUAAGCUAUUUGCUCAAAAGAAGGUGAAUCUACCAAAAGGAAAACAUAAAAUAAUCAUUCUGGAUGAAGCUGAUAGCAUGACAGAUGGUGCGCAACAGGCUUUGAGGCGCACAAUGGAAAUUUACAGCCAUACAACUAGAUUUGCGCUUGCUUGCAAUAAUAGUGAGAAAAUCAUUGAACCUAUCCAGUCAAGAUGUGCCAUGCUGCGUUACGGAAAGCUGAAUGAUGCACAGGUUUUAGCUAAAAUGAUUGAUGUCUGCCAGAAAGAAAACGUUUCAUAUACUGAUGAUGGCCUCGAAGCAAUUGUCUUCACAGCUCAAGGUGACAUGAGACAAGCCUUAAAUAAUCUGCAGUCAACCUAUAAUGGAUUUGGUCAUGUCAAUAACGAAAAUGUCUUCAAAGUUUGUGAUGAACCUCAUCCACUUCUCGUCAAAGCAAUGCUCAAUUUUUGUGCUCAAGAAGACAUUUCUAAAGCUUAUGGGGUUCUUGAUCAGCUAUGGCGAAUGGGAUAUUCAGCGGAGGAUUUGAUCAGCAACAUCUUUAGAGUUUGCAAAAACCUAGAUGUUGAUGAACCGACAAAAUUGAACUUUGUUAAGGAAAUUGGAAUUACGCAUUUGGGAAUAGUCGACGGAUUAAGCAGUCUUUUACAGCUUCAUAGUCUUCUAGCCAAACUUUGUCGUCGAGUUUCCGGCAAAUAAUUGAACUUACAUGUUGUAUCCAUAACUUUCGUUUAUCCAUAAGUAUUUUUUCUUACAAAAUAAACCUUAUAUAUUUAUAUAUUCCAGAAAA